AUGGCUGAUAUCACAGUAGACGCAAGGAGUUUUAGUUGGGCAGUGGACAGUGCCAUAGCGAGUGAGAGUGCGUCAGAUAUGGGAGAAUCUCGUGUCCGCAGUUUUGCUUCGGUAGUGGACAGUGCCAUAAGGAGUAGCAGUGCUACUGAAGCGGAUUUUGAAACAUCCCCUAUCAGUUGUUUUGCUUUUGCUUCUGCGGUGACCCAAAGAAUUGUUGCUGCACGACUAUCACAAGCAGUGUCGGAUGGGAUAGGAUAUGUUCAUACACGAUUAUUCACCCUAGCUGAGCUUAAAGCGGCCACCAACAAUUUCUCACUUCACAACAAGAUUUUUGGUGCUGGAAGCAUUAGUGUUGUGCACAAAGGUAAACUCUUUGAUGGUCGUGAGGUGGCUAUCAAAAGGGCUGAAACCAGUUCUAAGAUGAAGGAGUUUCAAGAGUUAUUUGGCUAUUUAUCCCUUUUGCCCUGCCUACAGCAUAAUCACUUGGUUGGGCUAGUUGGGUUCUGUAAAGAGAAAGAUAAAAGGUUCUUGGUGUAUGAGUACAUGAAGAAUGGGGCGUUAUAUGAUCAUUUGCAUGACAAAAACAAUGUGGACAAGGAGAGCAGUGUAUUGAAUUCUUGGAGAAUGAGGAUCAAGAUUGCUUUGGAUGCUUCCCGGGGAAUCGAACACCUUCAUAAAUAUGUAGUUCCAACUAUUAUUCACAGGGAUAUCAAGUCUUCUAACAUUCUUCUUGAUGCUAAUUGGACGGCAAGAGUAUCUGGUUAUGAAUCGUCGUGUUUCAUGAGUCCAGAAGCUGAGUAUGUUUACACGGGUAUGUUUACCGCAAAGAGUGAUGUGUACGGGCUUGGAGUUGUGCUGCUUGAACUUUUAACAGGAAAGAAAACUACAUUCAAGUAUGGGACAUAUAGGUGCACACGUAUGGUGAACACUGCACGACAUGUUAUUUUGGAUGGGAAAAUGGUGAACAUUUUGGAUCCAAGGGUUGGAGCACCCCAUGGAAAUGAAGAAGCAGAGGCACUGGAAUUAGUGGCUCAUACAGCGGUCAAUUGUGUAAAUUUGAACAGAAAAGAUAGGCCAACUAUGACAGAGGUAGUGGCCAAUUUGGAGACAGCUUUAUCACUUGCCAAUGAUAACAGAAAAACAGACCAUUUGCACUAUUUAUGACAAUUUAAUUUUACACAAUGUAUAUACACAUGCCAUCACUCAUUACAGUAUCAUGACGCUGAAUACUAACAUUUUUUGACAAUUUUUUUCCAGUGAAAGUUGGGGAUCCCUAGCAUUGCAUUAGUUAUUAACAUAGUUAUCAAACUCGCGAGUUAACUCGUUAACUCGGACGAGUUUACGUUCCUAGUCAUGGCUUCCGAGUCAACUCGGAAGCAAACUCGUUUUCCAACUAGAAUCGAUGGAAUCGGAUGUGAAAUCGGUGGAAUGUUUCGAACUCGCGAGUUUGUAGUGGUUUGGCGAGUUCGAAAGAAGAAAAAUAUGAAGCCAAAUCAAAGUACGUUUGGAGGGGAAAAAUCACCUGGUUAGGGCUCCAAUCUUUUAAUAUUAAGCCCCUUCUUCUUCGUUCUCCUGAGCGACAUCAUCCUCUCGCCAUCGCGUCACUCUCUCUGGCCAUCGCACUCGCCGUCGACCAUCGUCUCGUAGCUGUCACUGGUCGUGUCGCCUUCGCGUCACUCUCUGUGCAGAGCUCCCAAAUGGAGCCAUCGGCGCUGGUGGCACCACCUACGCCCUUCUGCUGGAUCGCGUGAGCUUCUUCUCCUUUCCAGAAAGGUCUGUCGCACCAGUGAAGCUGUGUUUCCCUCCCAACAAAGGAAGUGAGGAGGUGCGGGGUGGCGCAGAAAAUGGUGAUUAAAGAUAGGGUUUUCUUUUUUAACUUUGGGAUAGAAUGGGUAUUAAAAAUUAGGGAGGUGCAAAAGAAAUAAAUGGGGUGCAGGAAGGGGCAGCCCCUCUCAAUGCACACUCUCCCCUCUCCACACUGCACAAUGUUGAUUAUUAUGUGUUUAUUUUUUAAUUUUGUAGUGAAAAAUUAAAAUUAGACCAUUAUGUCUCGAUCAAAUUUAACAGCGACACCUUGCACAAGCUGUACUUUGUCUGUAUUGAAGGUCGUCGCUGACUUCCACGUUGACGUAUGGCAGAAGUUUGGCGCAAGCAAGGAAUGACAGCAAAUUAAUGGUUAUUGAUUACCCAGAAGAGACGGUGUGUAAGAAAGAUAGCUAGGAGAGGGUCUCUUUCAUUGGGCUAGGAAAACGGUUUAAAGUUUCACUUUCUCAAUCUGUAGUAGAGAUGUAGCUGCACCUCCAUGUUUUACUUGGGCAGUAAACAGUGCUUUUUAAAAGUAUUGGAGUAUACUUGGGAGCAUUCAAUGUCAGUGACUUUUCUUCCCAAGUCAAUAAUGCCAUGAGAGAAGUUUCGGAGAAGAUUCAAGCAUUCCUUCAUGGAAUGUGAAAAUUAUAAUAUCUAUUAUUCUAUCUAAGUUAUACCAAAUAAUCAAAUAGUAGAUAACACGUAUCAGUGUGUAUGUAUUAAUGG